GCUCCAGCCCCCGGAAGCGUUCUCUCCCAGGCCGCAUUUCUUUCCUGUGCGAGGCCGGGCUAAGGCUCCUGUCGUCUCUGGUCCUGCCUCUGGGUUAACAAUCAAGAUGGUACAUGCUGAAGCCUUUUCUCGUCCAUUGAGUCGGAAUGAAGUUGUCGGGUUAAUUUUCCGUUUAACAAUAUUUGGUGCAGUAACGUACUUCACUAUUAAAUGGAUGGUAGAUGCGAUUGACCCCACCAGGAAGCAGAAAGUAGAAGCUCAGAAACAGGCGGAAAAACUGAUGAAGCAAAUUGGUGUGAAAAAUGUGAAGCUUUCAGAAUAUGAAAUGAGUAUUGCUGCUCAUCUAGUAGACCCUCUUAAUAUGCAUGUUACUUGGAGUGAUAUAGCAGGUUUAGAUGAUGUCAUUACAGAUCUGAAAGACACGGUCAUCUUACCUAUCAAAAAGAAGCAUUUGUUCGAGAAUUCCAGACUACUGCAGCCUCCAAAAGGUGUUCUUCUGUAUGGACCUCCAGGCUGUGGGAAAACAUUAAUUGCCAAAGCAACAGCCAAAGAAGCAGGCUGUCGGUUUAUUAAUCUCCAGCCUUCGACACUCACUGAUAAGUGGUAUGGAGAAUCUCAAAAACUGGCUGCUGCUGUUUUCUCCCUUGCCAUAAAGCUACAGCCUUCUAUCAUAUUUAUUGAUGAAAUAGACUCUUUUCUCCGAAAUCGUUCCAGUUCUGACCAUGAAGCUACAGCGAUGAUGAAAGCCCAGUUUAUGAGUCUCUGGGAUGGACUGGACACUGAUCACAGCUGCCAGGUUAUAGUAAUGGGAGCUACCAAUCGCCCUCAAGACCUUGACUCCGCUAUAAUGCGAAGAAUGCCUACACGAUUUCAUAUUAACCAGCCUGCUCUAAAACAAAGAGAAGCAAUUUUAAAACUCAUCUUGAAAAAUGAAAAUGUGGAUAGACAUGUAGAUCUUCUAGAAGUUGCCCAGGAAACUGAUGGAUUUUCAGGAAGUGACCUGAAAGAAAUGUGUCGGGAUGCUGCCCUCCUCUGUGUCAGGGAAUAUGUCAAUUCUACAUCAGAAGAAAGUCAUGAUGAAGAUGAAAUCCGGCCUGUGCAACAGCAAGACCUGCAUCGGGCAAUUGAAAAGAUGAAGAAAUCAAAGGAUGCAGCCUUUCAGAAUGUUCUGACUCAUGUUUGUUUAGAUUAGGAGUUAAAGAUCAUUUGUACUGUUCAGUGAUCUCGUGGGAUGUGCUCAUCUGUACAGUAGUGAGGGAAAUCCAGGCAUGUGGUUACAUACUCAGAUCUUUGGUCUGUUAUAUAAAUGGGGUUAUUGCUUGUCAGAAAUCAUGAGGAGGAAACUGAGUGCAGCCUGAGUGUGGGUGCUUGUUUGACCUUUUUAGCCAUAUGCUGUUAUAGCCUUAUAGAGUCUAAGCUGGUCUUAAUGUAGUAAAUGAUUUGUCGAGUCAUUAGUGAAGAAUGGAUUGUGGUUAGGUGCUGGUUUCUAGACAUGUGAGUAUGAAUGUGAGUGUGUGUGUAUGAGUGUAUAUCAAAUGUAUAUAUCCACUUUUUUAAAAUAUUCUGUAGAUAGGUUUGAAUUUAGAAGCUUUUUUUCCCCCCAACUACUGAAUCCAAAAGCACCAGAUAGUCUGUAGCAAAACUGGGAUUUAAGGCAGGAUUUGACAGAUCCAGUGAGAUUCAGCCGUUCCUAGGUGUCACUUGUUUGGGCCGUUUUUUUUUCUUUAAAGUUGAAAAUUUCCUCUGCGGUUGGUUGAAUCAACCACAUCUGAAUAUGAACAUGUCUCAGUUAUAAUGGUUGUCAGGAGAAUCAGAUAACUAACACAAUUUGCUCAGUGAUCGGCAGUGAAUCCACCUCAUCCUGCUAUGACACCGAGUAGACUUUUUGAAGUUUUACACUGAAUUACAUUAAGAAGGAUUGAAAACCUUUCAAAAGAAAGGGUUUGUGAAACCUCAGUACUCUUUAAUGUGUGUACAUAAUUCUCAGUGUAACAGGUCUGUAACUGUACUCCUUAAAUGUUGUUUGAAAGUUAUAUGUUCUUUAAUUAUGUUCAAAUUUCAUUUGGUCACUCAAACAAAAUGAUAGUUUAUAUAAAUAGUCAACACUAAAUGUGCUAAAAAAAUACUCACUUUGUAACUUAAAUUAAAAAUUUUUCUCAUUUAUAGUAUAAAAUGUGUUCAAAUAAUACACUUCAAAAUUCUUGUGUUGUAUCUGUAGUCACUUGAUGCUAUGUGAACCACAUAUAAAACUCUUCCUUUUUCAAACCUCCAGUAGCCAGAAUUCUGUUUCAGGCACCUUGACGUGACAGAACAAGAGUACAGCGCCACAGCACAGUCCUAAGGUGCCUCUGGAUCACCAGAGAGAUUAAACGAUGACAAAAAUGCUUUUGGUUUUAUUAUUUGUUUUAUUUCUUUGAAAACUAAGUUCUCCUAUGUUUACUGAGUUAAUUUCUCUAGUAAUGUGUCUCACAAGAACCUACCAGACACUUUCUUCUUCCAUUUGUGUUUCGGGGUUAUAGAUUGCAGGAGACUACGUAGGAUAGCAAAAAGCAAGCUGGGCAAGAUUGUAAAGAUGAUGGGAAAUGAAUGCUAAUACAAGCCGCCAAGAAAUAUAUCCUGUUUUUAUAAUUUACAAUAAAAGGCCCUUUCUUUUGAUUCUUGUUUUCCACUUAGUUCUUGAUUGUUUUCAGUUGCUUUGAUUGCGGAUUUUGUUGUUUAUAAAAUUUGUGUUUGGACAGUUUUUAUAUUGCAGUUGAGAUUUCACAUUUUUAUAGCAGACAUUUUAAUGUUGAUUUAUUCUGUUUAAAUAUGAGUUUUAGUAAUUUAAUUUCAAUGUAAUGGCAUGUUCAGAAAUGAUUGAUGUGUAUAUUUUUUGUGUCUUUUUCAUCUUCUAUUAAAUUCAGAUUAUCCAAUU